UGGACUUGUAAAAGUAUUUUCUACGUGUCACUCUUGUCCUGAUAUCACUGAAGGUGUUCUGCCUGCCAAGUCCAUGCAAUAUAAAGUUCCCCGGAAUACCUCACUUUGCUGGAACUUGUCCCCCUCUCUGCAGUGCUCUAUCAUAGAGGAUGGUGACGGCAAGUGUCACUUGUAAUUAAGCACCAGCAUCUCUGGGCUGGCAUUUAGAGGGUUAACCCCCUUUCACUUCUUCCUUUGUCAGUGUCUUUUCUGCUACUUCCACCCUGCCUAUAAGUCCUUUUCUUUCUGCGAAUUUGAGAAACUUGCUGAACUGCCCUCCCCCCCUCAGGUCAUCUCAUUCUACAGGAAAAAGAAACAAGCUUGAAUCUAACAGGAAGCUCUCUCUCUAUUUCACACUACCGGUUUGUGAAUUUUUCUAGCAUAUUGUCUCUCUCCAGCUCUAGUCCUGAUCUGCAGGAGGAAGGAUGUGGGAGGCCAUCCCAGCUCCCCACAUCUCUGGCCGGCUCUUAGGAGCUCGACUGCUCAGUAGAUGGUAAUGACACAAAGGUCCUAGGAUGGGCUGCUGCAGCGUGACAGCCAGGGGUUCCAACACCAGCAAUGAUGGCCAUGAAGAGGUUAAACUGCUGCAGAGACACAACCGAAAACAGUCGACAGUUGGUUCUCAUUGUACUCUUUCUCCAAAUGGAGGACCAUGCUGUAUUCCAGAAGAGCUUGCAGGAGGGCUUUUAACCCCUGGAAAACUGGACCAUCAUACAGUGCAUACACAAUUUGUAUCUAAGCCUAUCCUGUUUUGGGGACGGACCCGUGACAAUCUAAAUGAAAUGAUUAUGAUAGAGCCAAUUCUAGGCUGGGAAGGACAAGAAAUUAGGUCUUAUGGAAAUGUGGUCAUGUCCUCUUUAGCGGUUAUGCAGAUUAGCCACACACAGGAGAUGACAGAGGUCUUCAUGGUUCUCUUUCCUCUCCAUGUACUCAUUUUGUCCAUGGAUCACCAAGAGAGGCGAUUUAUGUAUCAGGGACUUCUGCCUCUUUCUGGAAUGAGUGUGGUAUGUGACCAAAUAAAUAAUGGUUAUACCUUUGAAAUCAGUGGCCCAAUGAUAGAGCCACGGCAGGUAUCCUGUCUCAGCUCCAGUGAGAGAAGUCUGUGGAUUUCAGCUCUGCGGGAUCACAUCCAGGCGGCCAAUACCCACUACCCUCCAGCCUCUCCAUCUAUCAGCAUCUUGUCUUAUUUAAUUCCAUGUGACCAAUUGUGGAAGAAGAAGGAGCUAGUGAGGUAUCUGACAUCAUGCCCCAUCCUGAACUGGGAAGGCAAACCGAUCCAACACAUGGGUAGUGCCAUCUACCUGUCUGCAGUGAGAGCAGCUCACACAAUAGACGGAGAUUUUGAGGAUCGGAUUAUGGUGCUCUUUUCUGAAGAUCUAGUCUUCCUCUCUUUUGAUCCUGACAGAACAACUGUUAUGCACCAUGGUACCCUGCCAUUAAGUGCAAUUCAUAUUGAAGGAAGCCUAGCCUGGAAUGGAAGACUGGAAUUUCAAAUUACAGGUGAUCUUAUGGAGCCAAUCUUAAUUUUCUGUAUGACACCAGAAGAUUAUAGUAAAUGGACUUAUUAUCUACAAAAGCCACAGCAAUUGCACGGUGGUGUUGGCCUGCAUCCUCUGCCUUCUGUGCCGCCCAAAUAUCGACAAUAAGAAGAAAGAGUCUGGAAAUUACUUCUGUGACAUUCUUCCUAGACAAAUGUCAAAGUGUGAUAGACGUCAGCAGAAGAGGAAACCAACUGGAGGAGUAAUGUUGACUCUCUGCUCUGUGUCACAGCUCAUAUACGUGAUUGUAAUGGUAGACUGUGUGAAAAGGAUUGCAAAACAAAGAGGAAGU